CUCUGUAGAUACUCUCUUCUACUCUCAUCUUUUGUCACUGUCUUCCUUUACCAUUACAUUAAACCCACCCGCCUUCCAUUUUUCUGAAAAUUCUUUCCCCUUUCCCUUUCAGUUCCGACCACAAAUGACCUCCAAAUCUUCCCUUUCUUUCCUUCUCCUCUUCUUCUUCUUCUUCUUUCUCAGGCCAGUAUCAGCGCAGAGGCUGAGCUCCAUUGAUUUGGCGGCUUUGCGUGAUAUUAAGAACUGUUUGACUGAGAUUCCGGCCGCCGAGUUUUUUACUACCUGGGAUUUUGCUUCGCCGGCUGUCGACCCUUGUGUGUCCUUCGCCGGAGUUACUUGCUCGGGGAGUCCGCCGAGAGUUGUUACUCUGAUGCUUGGCUCCGGGAUGUCGGAGUCGCCGCGGCUGGCCGGGACGCUUUCUCCGUCGAUUGGUAAUCUCUCAGGGUUGACCCAACUGGUAUUGUUCUCCGGCAUUGUCACCGGUCCCAUUCCGUCGCAAUUGGGGUUGUUAACUAACCUCCGGAUUCUUAGCUUGAGUAAUAACCGGUUGACCGGGUCGAUUCCGGCGGAGAUUUUUGGUCUUCCGAAUCUUCACACGCUCGAUCUGAGCCGUAACGAGCUGACGGGGCCAGUGCCGGGAGUAAACAAGUUGACGGAGCUGAGAGUUAUGAUUCUGGCCGGGAACCAGCUCUCCGGCGAGUUCCCGGCGGAGCUGCCGGGGAAUUUACUCCAUUUGGAUUUGAGCGAGAACGAGUUAUCGGGGGAGUUACCGUAUCACUUGCCGGUUUCCCUCCGUUACGUGUCGGUUUCCGUGAACCAGAUGUGGGGCCCACUCAACGGACUUGAAUCGCUCUCAGAUUUAGUGUAUCUCGACCUCAGCAUGAACCGUUUCGGUGGGCCCAUCCCUCCCAACCUCUUCCGCCCUUCUCUCGCGUCCGUUUUUCUCCAACGGAACAAUUUCUCCGGUGGGGUCCACGACCCCCACCAAUCCCCCUUAAUCCCGUACGGCCCCGGAUCCGUACUGGACCUCAGCCACAACUCCCUCACCGGCGAAAUCCCCGCCGCGCUCGCCGACGCCGAGAGCUUAUUCCUCAACAACAACCGCUUCGUCGGGACCGUCCCGCCGGAGUACUUCCGCAGCGUCUACGCCGGCGUCACCAAGACCCUCUACUUGCAGCACAACUUCAUCACCGAGUUCCCGAUCGAGCAACGGGGCGGCCCGGUUCCGCUGCCGGAUUCCGUCACGCUGUGCCUGUCGUACAACUGCGCGGUGCCGCAGUUGCCGGCGGGAUCCAUGACGUGUCCGGCCAGCGCCGGCGAGCAGCUUUCCAGGCCUCCUUCCCAGUGCUCUCUCGUCAACAAUGGCAGCCAUGCCCGCUAACAUUAUACUGUCAGUUUUUAUUUCUUUUUUUGGUUUUAACUUUUCGGCUUUUUGGUCUGUAAUUAGCAGUUAUCAUACAGAAUUUAGAAACUACAAGCUAUAGCCUAUAGGAUUAGUAUUACUGAAAACAAUGUAUUAUUUUAGAUUUUCUUGGUAUGCAUGCAUAGUAAGUACUGGUAACUGGCCUGGUGUGUUUGCUUUUUGUAAGAUUUGGCCAGUGUGUUUGCUUUUUGAUUGUAAGAUUUUCGUUUAAUGAUAUUUUUUU